AUGUGCAUCACAAAUGAUCCAGAAAAGGCUACAAGGAUGCGUCGGUGUUUUGGAAGUGUUGGACAUGAAUCUGUUCAGCUAGAGUGGAUCAUGGUGGAUGUUCCCUUACUAACUCAUAUAUCUGAAACUACAGACUGCAGCUCAUCUUCCUGCCAGGCAUCAUCUGCUUCAGACGAUUCUCUGUUUUUAAAAACCGCUGUGUUUGCAGAUGUUUCGGAUCCUAGAUUUGCAGAUGAUUAUGAAGAUGAUGAUGAAGAUGAAAGUAAUGAUAACUGUUGGCCACUUCAUGAGUCCAAGUUAGCUGUUCACCAACAGGAAAAUGAUGGCGUACUUGAAAAUGAAGUUAAUGAUGCCAAAGGCUUUUUGUCGAAACCUCUUGUUAUUUCUACGGAUGCAGCUGACAAAACUUCCUCUUCAUCUUAUACUUCAUGUUACGGCGAAGCCUUUUGGGUUGGUGAAGAUGAGCUAAACGUAAAACAAAAUACUACAAGUUCUUGGGAUCUAUCGCCUGGUAACAAAGUAUCUCAAAGUUUAAUACGCACUAGUCCUUUGACGUGUGAUACUCAUUCAGUAACUCCGACUUCAACUUUACAGUCAUCUACUGAAAGCUGGUCUUUGAGCACACCUCAGUCAACAAUAACUCGACUAACCGGCACUUUCCCUUAUCGCAAAGCUACAUAUCCCAUUAAUCAUCUUGCCAGAAAAUACAACCAUAACACGUUUUCAUCUCACUUCCAGCCUAAAUGGCCUAGAGCAUUUAAUGUCCAUUUAGGUGAUCAUUCCAAAAAGAUGCUCAGGUGUGACCAAUGUGGCAAAUAUUACCGUAAUGAUUAUAGCCUACAUCAUCAUAUUUGCUUAAAGCGCAAAGAUGUGUGGAAGAAAGGUGAUGUGCCUUCUGAAAUGAUUGAUGGUCAAGUUAUGUAUUUCUGUCCCAGUUGCCGUAAGCCUUUUAAAUGGCUUGGUAACCUUACACGACAUUUCUAUGUGCAUACAGGUCAAAGAUUCUUUCGGUGUGAUAUUUGUUCUAAAGAAUUUUUCUCUGCUUACCAAGUUAAAAGACAUAUGAAUUCACAUACAGGUGUCCGUUUCAAAUGUGAAGUAUGUGACAAACCUUUUACAUGUAAAUACGCCUGUGCUUGGCAUACUAGACAACAUUAUGCUUACUCAUUAAAAUAAUAAAUUUUAAGAAUUUCUCUCUCAUUCUUCCAAAUGAAUUUUUAGCAACGAAUAUAUACAUACCUACACUUUGCUUUUUUACGUUUCAAUGAGAGAUAUUCAAAAAUACACCUUGCACAAUGAUUUAUUUUUUUACUAAUAAAAU